AUGGGCAGCAGCUCUUCCAUGCUAACUCAGUACGACAUAGAAGAGGUCCAAGAGCACUGCAGCAACACCUUUUCGCAGCAAGAGAUCGUGUCACUGUACCAGAGGUUCUGCCAGCUGGAUCGGAAUGGCUGCGGAUUCAUCUCCGCCGACGAGGUCAUGACCGUGCCGGAAUUCGCCGUCAAUCCCCUUUCUCAGAGACUGUUUCGGAUGCUGGAUGGACUAAAUUUCAAGGAAUUUGUAGCAUUUCUAUCUGCUUUCAGCUCUCGAGCAACGUUGCAGCAGAAAGUUGAAUUUAUUUUUAAGGUUUACGACUCUGAUGGUAAUGGAAAAGUUACUUUCAAUGAAAUGCUGGACAUAUUGCGGGACCUGACAGGUCAAUUCAUAUCUGAACAACAAAGAGAGAAAGUUCUCACUCAAGUUCUUGAGGAAGCAGGCUACGGAAAGGAUUCUCUAUUAGUUCAAAGUGACUUCAUGAAGAUUCUUGGCAGUUCGGGUUUGAAGAUGGAAGUUGAAGUUCCAGUAGACUAG